AAGGAAGGCGUCCGUACGUGUAUGCUUGAAUUACAGGCGGCCGCUCUUGGUGGAAUCAACGAAACCGAAAAAAAAAACAUUACUUUCCGGUGGCCAAAUAAACGUGUAGAAACGCUCUUCCAUCUACCAUAACUUUCCUCAUUCCUUGCUUUUCAUCAAGCCUUGUGUUUCAUGACUUUCCUCGUGCCUUGUUUUUCAUCUUUUUUAAUAACGUGUGGUCAAAUUAACAUGAGCCUCAUGCCUGGUUUUUCAUCUUUCUUAAACAGACAUAGUCUAUGUCUUGUGUUAUGUAAUCUAAAUCUAAACUCUGCUACUCUUUGUAUAUCUGCAAGUUUGUUGAAUGCUAUUUAUACUCGUUAUCUAUCUCCUCAGUAAUGUCGAGUGGAGUUGUGACUGUUGUAGCAUUAGUAGUUGUCUGUGUGAUGAUUGCUAUCAUAGUUGUAUACAGGAGAUAUAUUCGGGAACGUAGCAGCUCUGAUGAUCCAGUCUCUCAUGAUCCAAUCUUUUCGACACCCACAAUGGACAAUUUUCUAAUUGAUAUAGAAAGAGAGAAGCCCAUCAGGUUUACUUCUCAACAACUUCAGAUUGCAACUGAUAACUUCACCAACUUGCUGGGUUCAGGAGGGUUUGGUACAGUUUAUAAAGGAAAAUUUAGUAAUGGAACCCUUGUGGCAGUGAAGGUCCUAAAUGGUACCUCGGACAAGGGAAUUGAAGAACAAUUCAUGGCGGAAGUUAGAACCCUUGGCAGGAUUCAUCAUAUCAACUUGGUUGGUCUUUAUGGUUUCUGCUUUGAGAGACACCUCAGAGCAAUUGUUUAUGAGUAUAUGUCAAAUGGUUCGCUUGAUAAGUUGCUUUUCCAUGGAAACAAGAUUUUAGGAUUCGAAAAGCUUCAUGAAAUUGCGGUUGGGACAGCUAAAGGGAUUGCUUACUUGCACGAAGAAUGCCAGCAGCGAAUAGUCCACUACGAUAUAAAACCUGAAAAUAUUCUUUUGGAUGAGAACUUUUUUCCUAAAGUAGCUGAUUUUGGUUUGGCCAAGCUGUUCAACAGAGAUAAGACUCAUAUAUCAAUGACAGGGUGGAGGGGAACUCCUGGUUAUGCUGCACCAGAAGUUUGGCUGCAGUGUCCUAUAACCCACAAGUGUGAUGUGUACAGCUUUGGAAUGCUAUUAUUUGAGAUCAUAGGCAGAAGAAGGAACGUAGACGACAAUCUUCCGGAGAGUCGAGACUGGUUUCCAAGGUGGGGAUGGAAGAAGUUUGAAGCCGGAGAACUAGGAGAGCUAAUGCUAGUUUGUGGCAUAGAGGAGAAACAUAGAGAGGCAGCGGAGAGAAUGUUAAAGGUAGCUAUCUGCUGUGUUCAGUAUAGGCCCGAGUUGAGGCCUUUAAUGAGUGCUGUGGUGAAAAUGUUGGAAGGAGGAACUGAGAUUCCUAGACCUUCAACUAACCCAGUUCAGCACUCGUUGUCAGGCACUCCUGUCAUGGCAUCGUAUAGCACUAGUGUCUUCGACACGGAUUCCUCUCAUACCACAAGUGGUGUUGGCACUAGUGUCACGGAUUCCUCUCAUACAACAAGUGGUGUUGGCACUAGUGUCUUCGACAUGGAUUCCUCUCAUACAACAAUAGGUGUUGAAGGAUGUUGAUUUUAGUGUGUUUUGUCAAACUAGGAUUAGUUUUAUAGUUGUAAUAGGAAAGAAUGUUCUAGAUUCCUAGUUCUGUUUAGAAUAAGAUUCCUUGUGCUAAAAGAUUAUGUAUUUGUACUCUCUAUAUAUAGGGGUUCCUGUUAUCAAUGAAUAGACACAACAGUUCUCUGUACAAUCUCA